CGCACGUACCCAUGUUAGUCGCUCGUGCCCGACGAUCGGUCCCCGGAGGAAAACCGCUGUAGCCGAUCGCUCAAGCGAUUUGUCGUCCGUUCGGCUCCGGUGCCGCUGCGUUUCCGAUCGGCAGGGUCGCCACUAAUCGACAACGGCACUGUUGAACACCGCGUACCGUAUAGUUCGGUCGUGCCGUCACCGUCGCCGUUUCGUUCCAACAACUUGUUGUUCGAUCGCGCAACAGUUAUUUCACUGUCGAUUGUAACACGAUCGUACGGGUAGUUAUUAAUUGUUCAGUAAAAACAAUACAUAAUGCCAAAGAUGAUUGAUCCUUUUUUAUUGGAUAAUGGGGAGAAAUAUCCAUACUCAGCUUCCAUGUUUCCAAUAAAGAAUGAAAAACACCUUUUGUUGGUUGAAGAAAAACUUGAUAAAGAUUUGCGUUACAAACAUUUUUUGAUUGAUGAGUUAUAUGAAGUGAAAAGUGAUACCUUGGUUAAUUUGGUGAAGAAGAUAAUGACACAGUUAUUUGAUGAUAAUGUGUUAUUAGGUUAUGGAGUGUUGGGCAACAGAAAAUCUUCUACAAAGAAAGAUUUUCUUGAAUUAAACAUUUGUGGCGUAGUAUUUUCUGCUAUUAUGAGUAGAUCUCGGUAUGAAGGAAGUUACGAGGAAAUUGAAAGAAAAAUUAAAGCUCAUCUGUCUCAAUCUUCAUAUCGUGUUUUUAGACAGUCAAGUUAGAAUACUAACUUCAAAUUUCUCAAACUAAAAUAAAACUAAUUUUUUAUCUAUAAAUAUUAUG